CAUGAGAAAUUGUUCCUGACCGAUUCAGACAGAAUAUGAUGGGAUGGCUAGAAUCUUUCAAUAGCAAGUUGCUGCCAUGACAAUGGACAGCUAAGCAAAUUCUUGGAAGCUUCGAGAGCCUCUUUGCUCUGGCUGACCAAUAAGAGAGAGAGAGAGAGAGAGAGAGAGAGAGAGAGAGAGAGAGAGUAUGGAGACUUAAGCAGUAGUCUUGAGAUCACAGAAGGCUGGCUGCUCUCGCCCCGCGAAGUGCUUCUGAGUCUAGGUAAAAAACAAAGGCCCCAUCCGCUGCAGAAACACUGCAAGUCUUUAUCUCCCGGCCCUGGGCUUUGCUGUCACCAGACUUCUCGCGUUCCCCAGCCUUCGAAAAUGUUAACCAGAGACUCGCUGGCUAUUACGUUGGUCCUUUUUCUCAGAUGGAUUGCGUGGGUCGACUCUCAGUAUCCUUCCAGCGGCAACAUGGCCAGUGAUGAGAGGUUCGGCCACCGGUUCCAGAACUCACCGAGGAAUCUCUUCUCCAAGGUGGUGGAAAACGAGGACGAAGGAGCAGACUCCAAGUUCAACCAGGCCCUGGUCUCCCCGGGAGGUCUCCUCCACACCAUAUCCAAAAACUACUUCCGGUCCUGCUCCCUGACCAUCUUCUACGAGUCCUCGACCUCUGACCUGGCUCUUCAGCUGCGCCUCACUCUUGCCAGUUGGGGGGUCAAGAUGUACUUUCUGGAAAAAGAUGUACUCCUACGACAGAACACCUGGGCUAGAUCUAUCUGCGACGGCUUCUUCUUCUUGAUAACCAAAGGCGAAGCUUUGGUCGAACACGCCUCCAUUGACCACUUCAGAAGCGUUCCAUACCGCCCAGAUUUCCUGCCACCAUCUCUGUGGAACUACAAGGCUAACUACGUCGUCCUCCUACUCGACCCCCAGGGACCCAAACCGAAGGAACUGGUCGAGCUCUUUAAUUUUAGGAAGACGGAAAACCUCGCCAUUUUGCAUCGCAGUCAAAAUACUGUGAAGGUAUGGACACACGUCCUCUACACUGAAGUGAUUGGGCUGGAGGUUGUGGACACUUGGUUCCACGGGAAGCUGCACCGUGGUAAUGUCUUCCCAAAGAAGUUCGACAAUUUCCACGGGGCCAAAGUUCGUGUGGCCACGUUUGAACUGGAACCCUUUAUCGUCUAUGCUAAAGAUGACAGCGGCAACUUUGUCGGGAGGAUCGGCGUGGAUAUGCAGGUCAUCGAUGGGCUGUCGAGGGCCAAAAACUUCACUGUCGAUUUCUUCGAGGUCAGUGACGACGAAAAAUGGGGAAACAGAUACCCAGAUGGUUCGUGGGAUGGCCUCAUGGGGCAAGUGUUUAGUGAGGCUUCUGACAUCGCUGUCUGCAAUGUAUUCAUUGAUGGGCCCAGAUGGGGCCUCAUUGACUACUCGUUCCCCUACAAUUACAUGCCGGCGUGUUUUGUGGCACCGUCACCGAAGCCCUUGCCCAACUGGCAGUCCCCAACUUUACCUUUUGCCUGGAGUACUUGGAUUUCUAUUGGUAUCGCUAUUCUAGUUGGAGGUGUUCUACUUUAUCCUUUAGCAACGCUUGGCGUGAAGGAAGAGUCAGCUGUUUUCAGGAGCCUCUCUUACAACUACCUCUACAUUCUCAGUUCUAUAACUGCAAAAGGUGUCAUCAAAGAGCCUAAACACCUGCCUUCACGCCUGUACAUUGGCUUUUUCUGGAUAUUUUCCCUAAUUGUUUCAACCGCGUACUCAGCUAAUCUUGUGGCGUUUUUAUCAGUGGCGCAGAUGGAACCUCCCAUUGACACGCUGAAACAGCUGGUGGACAGUGGCUUGAGAAUCAGUGGCAAUUCCAUCUGGAAAAGCCUCUUCGAAAUGUCAACCGACAAGGCCGUUCUGGAUCUUGUACCGAAGAUGGAACUAGAUGCCGAUUAUCACACCAUCCUCGACAGGGUCCAAGCGGGUGAGUUCGCCUUCAUCCAGAACAGACAAUUUCUCGAACUGAACAGGGACGCAAGAUACAGUUCAGGCGGCCGAGCGUCGAUUCGCAUCGUCGAGGAGUGCUUCAUGAACUAUAACGUAGCCCUGACCUUGCCCAGGAACUCCCCUCUCACCGACAACCUGGCGAAAACUCUCAUGAAAAUAUUCGAAUCGGGUUUGCUACAAAUAUGGAAGGAGGAAGUCGUCAAUUACGUUCACCGAAGGUAUAGAAAAGAGAAUGAGGCCACAACAGUCAUCGAAUUAUCAAUGGUCAGGCCACUGGAUCUCAGCCACGUGCAGGGCAUUUUCUACAUAUUGGGCAUUGGGUAUCUUCUCUCUGUCUUGAUCUUGGCUUUCGAGGUUAUCGUUAGGCCGACUAAGAAGGAAGAGAAGGGCGAAUUCCUUUACUGAGAGUUACUGAUGAAGUUCUGAAGUCUUUGGGGAUUCCCUCAACUCAACCUUUGAAAACUGUAGUAUCACCGACAAUUAUUCACGAACAAUUACGUGCCGCUACCUUCUUCUGUAAAUGAAAACUACUUUUUUUUGUUAGAUGUCAUCGUCAUAUGGUUUAGUGCAGUGAUUAGAAGAAUGACAGGUUUAAUUCAACGUUCCCUAAAUUCUCAACUUUUCAACAGUCUUCUUCUUCCAUUCACUCUUGCAGAUUUGUAGGUGACAAAUUUAUCCUUGCUUAUGAUAUUAAU